GGCGCGGUCGUCGCCGGCGCCGCCGCGGCGCCGCCGGAGGGCCUCCGCCGCGGCCUGCGGCCCGGCGAGGGCGCGGUGCGGGAGGUGGCUGCCUACAUCCUCGACCACGGCCGCUUCGCCGGUGUCCCUGCGACGGCGAUGGUGCAGCUCGAGGCCGGCGGCGGCGGCGGCGGCGCGGCGAAGUCCAAGGUUGGCAGCCUGCAGCAGUACGUCCACGCUGACUCAGACUGCGAGGAGCGCGGCGUCAGCGACUUCCCGCCGUGCGAGGUUCACAAGAUCGCGGUGCUCGAUCUGCGCCUCGGGAACACCGACAGGAACGGCGCCAACAUCCUCGCGCGCCGCGGGGCCGGCGGGGCGUGGGAGCUCGUGCCGAUCGACCACGGCGGCUGCCUGCCGGACUGUUUUGAGGAUUUGAGCUUCGAGUGGCAGUGGUGGCCGCAGGCCGACGUGCCGUUUGACGCCGCGACGCUCGAGUACAUCGCGUCGCUCGACGCCGCCCGCGACGCCGCCGUGCUCGCCGCGCACGGGCUCGCCGUGCGGCCCGAGUGCGUGCGCGUGCUGCGCGUGUGCACGAUGCUGCUGCAGAAGGCGGCCGCGGCCGGGCUGACGGCGGCGCAGAUCGCGGGCGUCGCGUCGCGGCAGGCCGCGGCGCGGUCGCCGCUCGAGCGGAUGCACGCGGCGGCCGCCGCGGAGGCGGAGCGCGCGGCGGCGGCGGCGGCGGCGGCGGCGGCGGCGGCGGCGGCGGCUGACGGUGGCACUGCGGACGCUACCGCCGGCGGCGGCGCGGCCGGAUCCGACGAGCGUGUCUAUCUGGCGUGCAUGGGCCGCCUCAUCGACGAGCUGCUGGCCCUGGAGGACUUUGUGCUGGACAACGGCGGCCAGCUGCUGCUCUGA